AGGUGGGUAUCACAGCAACGACACCAAUUCCCAACCCAUCGCCGCGGAACGCUGGACCUACUAAAACCGACACCUGCCUCUGGUCCAUGGAUGCUUGUGGAUGAACUUCUACCUAUUGCUGCACUGCCGAGUCUGCCGUAGAAUCGCGACCACUCCUGCCAUUCGAGCAAGUCACGCCGCCAUAGGGGAUUUUUUUCGCUCACAUUCACCCUUAGCAAGCAUUCACCCAGAGCGAGAACGAGCAUCAAAAUUCACCGCCAGAGAAGCAUUGGAGAGAUGAGUCGACCGUCGGUGCUCACCCACAACUACCAUUCCUACCCACAGCCUGGAUUCGACAGCAUCGUCCACACGGGCCUGUCGUACCGGCCGCUGCCAAUCCGCGCGCCGGAGCUUUCCGCCGGCUACAAUCAACAACACACUGGCCACCACGGCCGCAUCUCCACCGUCAGGAUGUCGGGCCCCGCUUACAUGGCCUCCGACGAGGAGCUCGCAAACCUGCAGAAACUGUCGAGCGAGUACCAGCCUGAAGUCACCGGCCCGCUCGUCGGCGAGCGCCAGAGCAGCAGCGCCAUUGCGACCGAGUACGCCAACGCCGACCCCAUCUACAGAGUCAAGACGGCCGCCCUCCCGUCCAACUACGCCUACUUCCGCACCUGUCGCGGCGAUGGACACUGCGGCUGGCGAGCCAUCGCCUUCACCUACUUCGAGGCUCUGCUCCGCGUGGCCGACGUGAACAAGCUCGAGGAUGAGGAGGCCCGUCUGCAGUCGAUGCACAACCUACUCAACGCCGCGGGCUUCCCGGAGCAUGUCUACAUCGACUUCGUGGACGAGGCAUUCGGCCUCCUCCAGAAGCUUUCAGCCUCGCUGCGCGCCAUGGACGGCGCCGGUCCCGAGACGCUCCUCCAAACCUUCAACGACCCUAGCACGGCCAUGGCUAUCAUCACCUACCUCAAGUUGCUUGCGAGUGCUUGGAUGCAGUCGAAUCCAAAUGACUUUGCCCCCUUCCUCGAGUUCAACCAGGACCUGAAGUCGUACUGCUCCAUGAACAUCGAGGCUGCACAGUGCGAGAUUGACCACCUGGGAAUAGCCGCGUUGGCCGAGGCCGUCAUCAAGCCUGCGGGCUUCGCGCUCGAGGUCUUGUACCUGGAUCGAUCCCCAGGAGAGGAAAUCAACACCUACCGUUACGAGCCAACAGGCCACGAUGGACUUCCGCUAAAGAACCCUCAGACUCUGAGGCUUCUUUAUCGACCCGGUCACUACGAUAUUCUCUACAAGGCCGAAGACGUCGCGCAGCCGCUCCAGCAAGCACAGCCGGUUCCCACGCAAGCGCCUCUCCAUGUGGCUCUGGCGGGUUACGCCGACGAAUUUGUGCCAAUGUCUUCUAACAUACCCGACGUCAUGACCAUGAUUCCUGGCAUGUAUCCCACAGGCAUAGGCCAACGGUGGCCCUCGGUUUCGUACGACUACAACCCAAACCCCGCCCCGCAACCUCAAAUCGCGCCGGUCCCUACGUACGCACCUGCCCAGACACCUGCCACGCCAGUUGCUAGCUCCCACCAGGAAUACGUCACACCAGUUCAUGCUAGCCAUGUGAAUCAUCACAAUCCUCCAAGCCAUCACACCAUCCAAUUAGAACCUCCGCUUGUCCUCCCAAUCCAUCCGCCUCCGCCGCCUCCCGUGACCAUUGACAGGGGCCCGCAGAUGACAAUCGAGAGGGGGGGCCCUUUCAGACCAUCAAUGUACGAGCUUGAACCAGGAUUCCAUUCCGGCCAACCACAUGCUUUACCCUUCCAAACGUCAAUAUUCCGCAACUCCCACUACAAUACAGCGCACUUCCUAAAUCCAGACUUCCAACCAGAAGAAUGGUCGCCGGAUUCUGAAUAUGCAACGGGUAACCGGGGGAGACACAAGUCAGCCUCUCAAUAAAAACCCCCCGUUCCUGGGCAAUUGCCACACCACCACUUUCACUUUCUGGGAGGCAUCUUGCGCCAUCUUAGCGAACACUAG